UCUUUUCUUUUCUUUUCUUUUCUUUUCUUUUCUAAGUAAUUUCUGUGCCUAACAUGGGGCUUGAACUCAUGACCCUGAGGUCCAGAGUUGCAUGCUCUACCGCCUGAGCCAGCCAGGUGUUCCUUUCUUUUAAAAGGAUUCAGACUAGGGGUUUUUUCAAGGAUUUGUUUAAUCUUUGUCUGUCUGUCUUCAUACAAGAGUGAGGUACUAAAAAGCUUCGUGAGUUGAUGGGGCUUGUUUAUAUUUGGCUUUGCUAUGAGGUAAGGGAACUUUUUUCAUUGAAGGUGACACUGAAGAUGUCUGUAUGAGAACUUUUUUUUUUAGCUCUAUUCAGUUUUUCAGUUUUCCAGUUUUCCCAGGCUAUACACCUGGCCACGAAUGCUCUGACAUCAGGGUGUAGGAAGUUUCAUGAUUCAGUUGUUCCUUACAGCCCUUAGAUCCAUUGUUUUCAAUCCUGUCCUCCUCCUGCUGUCUGCUGUGCCUAGUGUCCCUGAGUCCAGGGCCACCUCCUGUCUGCAUUCUUUUCUGCUGGCAGUUAGGUUGUAGCUUCCUUUGCACCACUAAGAUUCUUAAAGCUCCUCUAACUUCUUCCUGACUUCCAAAAACAUGUUGAAAUCUUUUGUGUGCUUUGGUUGCCUCACAUGUUCUCUUUAUCCUUGUAAAUUAUUAUCAAUUUAAUUCCUUUAUUGUCAUUUUAGUGGGAUGUUAGGAACAGGAGAUUAGAGAGAAGUUGGUCUGCCAUGUUUAAUUUGGUGUCUAUUUUUAAAUGAAAUAUUUUAAAUCUGUUUUUAGGGCAAGAUCUUUGUCCUAUCAAAAAUGGAUCUUACUAAUUAUCAUUCAGAUAGUUAAAUCACUGAGACUGAACUUUUGCCUUACUCUGAGUAAAAAUUCAAACUCAGAUUUACCUUCUCUGAUGGACAGAGCAAGAUAUUGUUUCUAUUAGAGUCAGCAGAAAAACUAGGUAGACCAGAGGGGUUUUUUGACUCUGCUUAGGAAACCAAAUCACAAGCCAGACUUUGAAUAUGUAAAAUAAAGUUGUAAGGUCUUUUGGACUACUACAUUUAAUAUGUUGGAAUAUUUUUACUGGAUUAGUUCAUCAUCAAUAUAGUGGAGUUAAUGCUGGGUUCAUAAAACUCUUUGGCUCUGUGCAUUGGUAAUUUAGCCUUGUUCCUUGUGUUUUGGUAUUUAAAAAAAAGUGUGUUCUUUUUAAAUUAAUUAACUUUUUAAAAGUUUAUUUAUUUUGAGAGAGAGAGAGAAUGAGCGGGGGAGCAGCAGAGAGAGAGGGGGGAGGACAGAGGAUCUGAAGCCAGCGGACUCCUUGCUGACAGCAGAGAGCACAAUGUGGGGGGCUCGAACCCACAAACCAUGAGAUCAUGACCUGAGCCGAAGUCGGAUGCUUAACUGACUGAACCAUCUAGGUGCCCCAAAAAGUGUGUCCUGAAUUGGAAGUAAAGAAUAAAAUUUUUUUUAAUCUCCAAAAACUUGUAUUUUGAUAUAAUUCCACACUUAGAGACACAUUGCUAAGAAUGGUACAAAGAACUCCCAUGUACUUUUUUUCCCCCAAGGUUUUAUUUAAAUUCCAGUUAGUUAACAUACAGUAUAAUACUGGUUUCAGGUUUAGAAUUUACUGAUUCCACACUUUCAAACAACACGCAGUGCUCAUUACAACAAGUGCCCUCCUUAAUCCCCAUCACUUAUUUAACCCAUUCCCUCCCCUCUUUGGUAACCAUCAGUUCUCUAUGGUUAAGAGUGUUUGCCUAGACUCACCAAUCAUUAACAUUUUACCCCAUUUGUGUUAUUUAUGUAUGCACCCUCUGUUUGUAUAUUUCCCCCCUGAGUAAUUUGCAGAUAAAAUGCUUCUUUGUCAAUAAAUACUUUAGUUUGUGUUUUUUCUAAGAACAAGGAGUUUCUUUUCAGUAAGUGUAGGAUAUUGGUGAAAACAGGACAUUAAUACUGAUAGAAUAUUAAUGGUAUGCACAUUCCAUAUUCAGAUUUCUCCAGUUGUCCCAGUAAUGUCCCUUAUGUAUGUCCUUUACAGCACUUUUCCUUUGUGUUACACCUACCUAGCUACCUCAGAUCUAAUCCAGGAUCAUGCAUUUCAUUUUGUUGUCAUAACUCUUUAGUUUUCUUUAAUCUGGAACCGUUUGUUGGCUUUUAUCUUUCAGAUCAUGGUAUUUUUAAAGAAUACAGGCCAAUUAUUUUAUAAAAUGUACUUCAAUUUGAGUUUUUCUGAUAUUUUCUCAUGAUUAGAUUCAGGUCAUGCACUUUUUUCAUAGGACUACUACAAAAGUAAUGUGUCUUCUCAGGACAUCCUAUCAAGAGGUAUAUGAUGUUGGUUUGUCUCAUUUUUGGUAAUGUUAACUUCCAGUAUUAAGGUAAUAUUUACAACGUUAUUCCACUGUAAAGUUACUAUUUUUCCUUUUGCUAUUAGUAUCUUUUUUGGAGGUCCUUUAGAAUUUGUGUGUAUAUACUGUUCCAAGCUUUCACCCAAUAAUUUAGCAUCCAUUGAUGAUUCUUGACUGAAUCACUUAUUAGUAGGAUGGUUGCGAGAUGUUGAAUUUUUUUUUUUACGAUGUUGAAUUUUUAAUUUGUAUUUCUUCUAAAUAUAUUAGUAUUCUGUAAAGAAGAGCUUUCCUUUCUCUCCCACCUAUUUAUUUAUUCAUUUAUUGUAUUAGUAUGGACUCAUAGAUUUUUUAAAUUUUAUUCUGUGAUACUGUUAUAAUUUGAGGCUCAUAUUAGCAUAUAUUUGACUAGUGGGGGCAACUUAAGCUAUAGUUUUGACAUGUCCCUAUUGUUGUUUGAGCUCUUUCUUACUUUCUGACACAGCAGGAUACUCCAGUCUCGUCUUAUACUCAGCCUUCCCCAGCCUUGGAGUCAGCCAUUUUUCCAAGUAUUCCUUAUUCUGUUUAGUGGGAGUGAUGUUUGUAAACUAGGACAUCUCAGCAAAUAAGAGCUAAGAAAUAUAAAUAAAUGCACAUGUCUAUGUGUGUGUGUGUGUGUGAGUUCAUAUUAAUCCUUAUAAUUCCAAUUCAACAACACAGGUCUGGUCUUGCCCAGUAUUUCCCUUCAACAGCCUUUUCAUAUUUGCAAUUCUCUUCUCUGACAUUGAAAAUCUGGUUCUCAUUUUCCUCAGUAUAUGUACUUAUUUGUUCUGUGUGCCAUAAUCAGAGAAAGUAGUUCCAGAACUGCUAACCCAUACCAUUAUAAAGAAAACCCCUUUUAACUAGAGUUCAAUAUUUGUUUAUAGUUAUGUUUGUCUGUAUACUGACAAUAUAUAAAGUAUUAUGCUCAAAAGCCACUUAGGUUACUUUCUGUCUUUUAAUAAACUUAUUUAUUUGAUUUACAUUUGGGUUCAUUUGCAUUUGAUUCCCAUUUUGGAUUUUUUUCACUUUAUCUUUAAAAGCUGAUUUUUAUUUUACUUUUUGAGUGUAUAAAACAUUAGCAUGGUUCCAAAAGUUAAAGCUAUACUGGUUGGGGGGGGGGGGUGCCUGGGUAGCUCAGUUGGGUAAGUGGUUGACUCUUAGUUUUGGCUCAGGUCAUGAUCUCGCGGUUCAUGGGUUCAAGCCCCAUGUAGGGCUCUGCACUGGCAGCACAGACUGCACUGGACUUUGCUUCUUUUAUUUAACAGUAUACCCUGUAUAUCAUUUUAUGUUUGUAAGAAUUUUGUUUAAUGUUUGCUUAUUUUUGAUAGAGUGAGCGAGCACAAGCUGGGAAGGGCAGAGAGAGAGAAGGAGACACAGAAUCUGAAGCAGGCUUUAGGCUCUGAGCUGUCAAUACAGAGCCUGAUAUGGCGCUCAGACUCAUGAGCUAUGAGAUCAUGACCUGAGCUGAAGUCGGAUGCUCAACAGACUGAGCCACCCAGGCGCCCCUCCGUAUUAUUUUUUAACAGCUUCAUAGUACUCCAUCUUUGGAUGGGUCACAGUGAAUUCAACAAUUCUCCUGUGUUUUGGCUCCUAUAUUUAGGUUGUUUCCAAUGUUUUACAAUUACAAAUAAUGUUUCAAUUAAUAACCUUGUACAGAUAUGCUUUUGUAUCAAGCGUAUUGGAAAUUUUAACUUUUUAGUUGUGUGAGCAGUAAUGUGUAAGUCAUUUUAUAAUUAUACCUCAACCUAUUUGCCUGCCUGCUCAUGUCUUCCCAUCUGCUUUGGCCUUACAAAUGUAUUUAAGGCUGUUGAAGGGAAAUACUGUGUUGUAAUUAUUUUUCUGUUUGAGAAACCUUGAAAUCAGAGAGCUCUAAGUGGCCUUGGAAACAUUUUUAGUCAGUACAUAAUAGCUAAUCAUAUGUGUUCUGGGCCCAGUUUCAUUUUAAGCAGUUGACUGCUCCUUGUGCAUGCUAAUCAAUGCUAUUUUACCACCUGAGUAUGCAGACUGAACUGUUUCUGGGACUUCUUUCUUUCUUUUAAUUUGUGUUAGGUUCCUUCAAGUUGUACUGCUGACUGGCUGCUCCCUGGGGUUAUAGAAUUGCAUUGGAUGAGACAGAAGUGGAUAUUUGGGCAUCUGUUUUCUCUGAUGGUCUCAGAGCAUUAGUCAAUAUUAUAAACUGCAGAUUUUCAAAGGAAUGGCUUCUUGGAUUCCCAGAUAAUGCUGCUGGCCCUCUCAGGUGGCUGAGGACUUCCAGUCUUUUGUUCCAAUACGUGGGCAUUGCAGCAGAAGGAAGACUUCUUCCUACAUUAGUAGAUAACCAUGUAAAACAUUGGCUAGUACAGUUUCCCAUCACAGGGACCAUGAAUGAUUAUACAUGUGUUGAGGUAAUGAUUCCCUCAGCCUAAGGGUAGCUGUAGCCUCCCAAUAGAUCACUUUUGGUUAAGAGAAGCCUUUUGAGUUUAUGUGCAUGUGCCAUACAGAUGUUGAUCAUUUUCUGUGCAUGUCCUGACAUGGAAAAGGUUGGAAAAGUAGGUUAGAGCACAGUCUCAAAAUUAGCGUCAAAGAGCCAAAGACUUGGCUUUUUUUUUUUUUUUUUUUUAAUGUUUGUUUAGUUUUGAGACAGAGAGCGAGGGAGAGAGAACUUGAGCUGGGGAAGGGCAAAGAGAGGGGACAGAGGAUCCGAAGUGGGCUCUGUGUUGACAGCAGAGAGCCUGAUGCAGGGCUCAAACUCAUGAACUGUGAGAUCAUGAACUGAACUAAAACCAAGAGUUGGACGCUUAACUGAGCCACCCAGGCGCCCCAAGGACACUGCUUCUUAAAGAGAAUCUGGUAAUAAGGUGGAUAAAGAGGAAUUAAAUUUCAGCCUACUGGUUCAUAAAAAUAGGCUGAACACCAUAUAUUUAAUUUGGUGUGAUUUAAAAUCAUUCCUAUUUUCUUCUUUGCUAAAAAGAAAUUUGCUAAAAAAGAAUUGGAAACUUAAAAAAUAUUUAUGUUUACCCAAAGAAAAUGAAAACACUAAUUCAAAAAAGAUAUAUAUACCCCCGUGUUUAUUGCAGUGUUAUUUAGAGUGGCCAAAAUAAGGAAGCAACUCAAGUGUGGACUGAUAGAUGAAUGGAUAAAAAAGAUGUUUUAUACACACACACACACACACACACACACACACACACACAGGAAUAUUACUCAGCCAUCAAAAAUAAUGAGAUCUUGGCAUUUGCAGCAACAUGAUGGACCUAGAAGGUAUAAUGCUAAGUGAAAUAAGUCAGAAAGACAAGUACCAUAUGAUUUCACUUCUAUGUGGAAUCUAAAAAGCAAAACAAACAAGCAAAGCAGAAACAGACCCCAUAAACAGAGAACAGAUUAGUGGUUGCCAGAGGGGAGGGGUGGAGAGACAGGGAAAUGGGUGAAAGGGAGUGGGAGGUACAGGUUUCUAGUUACGGAAUGUUUAAGUCAUGGGGAUGAAAGGUAAAGCAUAGCGCAUGUACAAUGGUAUUGUAAUAGUGUUGUAUAAUGACAGAUGGUAGCUAUACUUGUGGUGAUAUAGAGUUGUCAAAUCACUGUUGUAUACCUUAAACUAAUGUAACAUUGUGUGUCAACUAUACUUCAUUAAAAAUAAAUAAAUUAAAAAAAUUUUUUAAUGACUUGGCUUAGUGCAUUGUAUUGGAUAUUGGAAUACCCAAGGUAUAUUUUGCUUGAUUAGAUUGGUGAGCCAUCAUAUAAUCUCUGUUCUAAAUACCUUUGAGUUGAGUGUAUUUCAGUGUGGUUUUGACACUUAAGUCGUUUCUGUACUUAAAUAUUUUAUCUGUGUCUUUUUAUUAAGUUAUUUAAACCUCUUUGCACAUCUCUCAAAAUGUACAUCUAAAAUGCAUUUGCUUUCUAAAUACAGUAUAUUUCUUUUACAUUGGAUAUGUAAAAUUUAAUGAUUCUGACAUUAAGGUGGUUAUCGUACUUCAAUCAGUUUUGAAAUAAACUUCUUAAAAUUGACUAUUUUACCUCUUUCAUUUGAUGUUUUGAAUAUUAUAAUUUUAGGUCAGAUAUAGGAGGGGUUUCUGAGGGAUUUUUGCUGACUUUAAUGUGACUUAUGUAUUUGAAUUUUUUUAUGAAAAAGAAUUGUCAGCUGCAAUUCCUUUUAGUGAGUGUAAACUAAGGUAAAAAAUUCUGAGAAUUGGUACUCAUGGUAUAUGUGGACAUAUGUUAACUGUAUUAUAUAUAAUAGCAGCCACCAGAAUUAACCCCUGGCAGCCAUUUUAUUCUUUUUAAUACAUUUUUGAGGGAAAUAAACUGACAGUCACUGGUGCUGUCUCUUUGUUAGGUCCUUUGCUGUGCACUUUGUAUCUUUUGUCUUAGGAAAUCUUUACCAUAGCCAUGUGAGGUGGUGUUUGUCCUUUAUUCCAGAUGAAGAAGCUAGCUCUGGAACCAGCCUCUUAAGGUCACAGAAUAAAACAAUGUGUGCCGGUCCAACAAAAGCCCCUGGGUCUGUUUGACUUGUUCAAGUGUCCACUGUGGAAGGAUUUGGGGAACCUGAAAAUACUUUGUACAGAUAACAUUUUUUUUAAAAAAAGAAGAAAAGUACAAGCACUUAAAUUCUGCACUUGAAGAGACAGAUUCCUCUCCUAGAUUUUGAGAGGUAUGUGAAUGGCCAUGCAAAAAAACAUUAUGAAGAUGCACAAGUACCCUUAGCUAAUCAUAAGAAAUCAGAAAAGCAAGAUAAACCUCAGCACACAGUGUGUAUGGAUUGCAGUAGCUACAGUACAUACUGUUAUCGCUGUGAUGAUUUUGUGGUUAAUGACACCAAGCUGGGACUGGUACAGAAAGUCAGAGAACACUUACAGAACUUGGAAAACUCCGCUUUCACGGCUGACAGGCACAGGAAAAGAAAACUUUUGGAAAAUUCGUCACUAAACACCAAGUUAUUAAAAGUAAAUGGAAGCACCACUGGCAUUUGUGCCACAGGCCUUCGGAAUUUGGGGAACACCUGUUUCAUGAAUGCCAUCCUUCAGUCACUCAGUAACAUUGAGCAGUUUUGCUGUUAUUUCAAAGAACUGCCCGCUGUGGAGUUAAGGAAUGGGAAAACAGCAGGAAGGCGAACAUACCACACCAGGAGCCAAGGGGAUAACAAUGUGUCUUUGGUCGAAGAGUUUAGAAAGACACUCUGUGCUUUAUGGCAAGGUAGCCAGACUGCAUUUAGCCCAGAGUCCUUAUUUUACGUUGUUUGGAAGAUCAUGCCAAAUUUUAGGGGCUAUCAGCAACAGGAUGCCCAUGAAUUCAUGCGAUACCUUUUGGACCACCUGCACCUGGAACUCCAGGGCGGUUUCAAUGGCGUUUCCCGCUCAGCAAUUCUGCAGGAGAAUUCUGCUCUGUCUGGAAGUAACAAAUGUUGCAUGAAAGGGAUUUACAAGACAAACUCCCUAGAGACAGAAGGAAAAGAAAAUGGAGCAUCUACGGUUGUCACAGCUAUAUUCGGAGGUAUUCUCCAGAAUGAAGUUAACUGCCUCAUAUGUGGGACAGAAUCUAGAAAGUUUGAUCCAUUCCUAGACCUUUCAUUAGAUAUUCCAAGUCAGUUCAGAAAUAAGCGCUCUAAGAAUCAAGAAAAUGGACCAGUUUGUUCAUUACGAGAUUGUCUUCGCAGUUUUACUGACUUAGAAGAACUCGAUGAGACAGAGUUAUAUAUGUGCCACAAAUGCAAAAAGAAACAAAAAUCCACUAAAAAGUUUUGGAUUCAGAAACUACCCAAGGUACUAUGCUUACAUCUGAAACGAUUUCACUGGACUGCAUAUUUAAGAAACAAAGUUGAUACCUAUGUAGAAUUUCCAUUGAGAGGCCUAGACAUGAAAUGCUACUUACUAGAGCCUGAGAACAGUGGCCCGGAGAGCUGCCUGUAUGACCUUGCUGCUGUGGUGGUGCACCAUGGUUCUGGGGUCGGUUCUGGACAUUACACAGCAUAUGCAACUCAUGAAGGUCGCUGGUUCCAUUUCAAUGACAGUACUGUAACGCUGACUGAUGAAGACACCGUUGUGAAGGCAAAGGCCUACAUCCUUUUUUAUGUGGAACGCCAGGCCAAAGCUGGAUCAGAUAAACUUUAAUACCUCCUUUAAAUCAUUAUUUGUCAACUAUACCGGACAAACAUUUCCAGUUUUCCGUAAAUACUUGAUCCGAGAUUUAAUUUCAUUAUGCACUUUUCAAUUUCCUAUUUUUGGUUUAGUUUUGUCAAUGGUAGUGACAUAUUAAACAUGGGCACCAACUAAUUUUUUUUUUAGUUCUACCAGAAAACCUCAGCAGAUACUUUGAUUUGCUGCUUUAGUUGUAAUAAUUGUUUUUAUAUGUAGUUUCAAGAACUUAGUUCUAUUUGACUUUUUUUAUAUUAAUGUUUUCAAUUCUCACUUUGAGGCACAUUUACAUCAAUGCUUUGUUACUGUCACAUGCUGAAAGCAAGAUAUGUUCCUGAUUGCGAAGAGCAGAACUGCCUGCUGCCUUUCACAGCUGUAAUGGGAGAUCAGGUGGACUCGAAAUCCAGGAUCAUGUGCGCACAUCAUUUGUGGCCCACAAGAUUUCAGUGACUGUCAGUAAUCGUUCUUUUCGAUUGUAAGAGGUAACUGGGAGAGCAUCAUUUAGUAGACCAGGUGAUUGCCGCUCUUGGUAUCUCUCAAGGCUGCUGCUUAUCAGCACUGAUUAAAUAAAUUUGUCGGAUCACUUGUACCUGUACUGCAAAUUCAAGAAUUAGUCCUUUGAAGUUUUAUUUUGUUUCGGGGUUAUUUUUUGCUUGCAUGUGUUUUCAUGGAGAGAAGAGUACAGAAAAGUCCAGAUAAGACCAGAUACAUAUAGUGUUUAAAAAUGUCUGUGACUCAGCUACACGGUAUAGAUACUGUCAGGUGAGGAGACCACAGCUUGUUUGCCUUUAGAACCAGCAUCUAGUUCCCCCACUGUCUGUGGUGCUGGAUGGAAGGAACUACCUGUCCACUUUUGCCUUAUUUCUUGCUUGGCCAUCUCAAGUUGAGAUGCUGACUUCCCGAGCUGAUUUGACCAUCACUUACACUUCCCAGAAGGAAAUUUGAGUCUUUGCUACUUUGGGUUUUAACAACUCCCACUGGCCUAUCCUGAUAGCAGAGCACGCUGAAAAUAUUCUCACUGUGAACAGAGUUUCUAUUCUUGAGUUUAGCAGUCUUGGUUUUAAAACUGUGUUCAAGAAACAUAGGUACAGGCUCCAUUAAGAUUUAACUCAAAUUGAAAUUUGGAACCAGAAUUCCAUCUAAGAAAGGUAAUUGUGAUUUCUGCAAGUGUUCCAGGUUAGUUUGUUGAUUUGGGGGUGGGGUGGGGGGCAGUGGCAGCACUGAUGAAGGAAUCAGAGAAAGGGACUCCCAGAGAGGGUUGCACCUUAGGACUAGGCACUGUUUUCAGGUUCAUCUCUCAUUCCAGCCUUUAUUUUCUUCUCAAGUGUCUACAAGUUACAAGGGGCAGAAUGUAUUUCAUAUUAAGCCAACCUACCAGACUUUUUGGUAAUCUUGUUUUUUUCUAUUAAAAGAAAAAACUGUCAAGUUUUAAGUGCAUGAAUGUAAAAUAAAGUCUAACAGCUGUCCUCAGGGUGGAUAUUUGAAGUUGCAAGAGAAGAUGUGGCUCCAUUUCAGUAUUAGCUAGGUAUAUCUCCUGUUCUCUCAGAGCAAAAAUCAGCUGCUCAACACUUUAACAUGGCCAGGAGAAAACUGCAAUUGUGUCUAAACUUGUACUAUCCACUAUGGUGGUCACCAGUUAUAUGUGGUUAAAGUUUAAUUAAAAUUAAAUUUAGGGGCGCCUGGGUGGCUCAGAAGGUUAAAUGUUCAACUUUGGCUCAGGUCAUGAUCUCUUGGUUCCUGAGUUCGAGCUCCACAUUAGAUUCUGUGCUGACAGCUCAGAGCCUGGAGCCUGCUUUGGAUUCUGUAUCUCCUCUCUCUCUGCCCCUCCCAUUCCCCCCCCCCCUCAAAAAUAAACAUAUAUUUUUUUCAAUUAAAUUUCAAACUCAGUUCUUCGGUCACACAAACCACAUUCCAAGUGCUCAGCAGCCACAUGUGGCAUAGGACUGCUGAGGUCUAGGGCAGUUCUCUUAGAUAGCAGUGGUCUAAAUUUUCACUCCAGAGAAAAAAGCUUUGCCUUUAUGUUUAGGUCUGACACCUUAGAAGAUAAUUAAGAGGGCAACAUAUAUUUUAAAUAGUUUACACUUCUAAAUUACAUUAGGUUGAACCAUAGGAAAUUUGUGGUAUUUGCCUUUUUGAUCUACAAAAGUGAAAGUUUCACAUAAUUUGACCUAAUAUAUUAAUAUAUUAACACCACAUGUAAUUGAACUUGGAAUGUGCAUCUUCUUUGAUUUUUGUUCAGUGUCUCCUAUGAAUUCAGGCUCUUUUACUGAGACGGUAUAUAGCUGUGACUUCUAACAUUUGCACUUAGAUUAUUCCUUCUUAAUGGGCAGCUGCUAUGACUUCAACAAUAAAGCCUUGGGCAGUGUUGAUGUUGGUGGAGAAAAACUGUCUUUUCGUACCAAAAGGAACUUAGUGACAGCCAGACUGCUUUGCUGGGGGAAAGUGGUCCUUAGACAGGUAACAUCAUUGGCUUAAGAGAUGGGCACAUCUCCUCUUUGAAUUUUUGGAGUAUUUUUAGUGUUUGAUUUUACUUAAGCAGAAUGUUUGGUGUUAUGAAGGAAGGCUGUUUGGAAAAGUGAUUGGAUCCAUUUGAACUGUGCAUUUGAACACCAGUGAUGUAAAUGUGCCUAUUCGUAUUUACAAAAUUUAACUGUGUAUAGCCUUAUCACACCUAUUUUAAAAGCUGAUCUUUGUGUGCUCUUCAGGGCUUUCCCCUUGUGCCAUGUCGUCUGUGUGUGUGUGGCUUCUCGCGCAGAGAGCUUAUGCUGAGGCGGUGCCUCAUGCUGUCACACCUCUCCCGUGGAACAAGAAAACUUCCUCAGAAGUCCUCCCACACAGGUGGGUGAUAGAAACCGUUUGUGGCAACACAAAUCUCUCUCCAUGGUGGAGAAACCUUUGCUUAUCCACUGUAUUCUACUCAGUGUCUAGUGAUGACAAAUGUAAUAGAAUUAAACCAGUGAAGUGUACAGGCCCUGGUCAAGUGCUAAAUGUGUAUCUCACCUGGGGAACCUACUCAGCAGCUUGGUUCUGCAGUUGGGGACAUCUUUAUUUCUUAACAGCCAAACCUCUUUCAUGGGUUUAGUGUACAUAAGUCUAUUUAGAUACGCUUCUCCCACUUCGGCCCCCAGCAUCCCCUCAACUCCCUCAUGGACCCUGUGGCUCAAGUGGCCUCUUCACUCCGGCCCUGAAAAGGCUCAUGAGCAGUCUGUUUCUGCGGCCAGGGCACCGGUCCCAGGGGACUGGGGUGUAGCCCACAGGAACGGGCUGCGGUGCAGGAAGAGGCAGCCACGGGGUGGGUCGUGCUGGAGGCCAAGGUCUCUGCAUCGCCUCGCGGGUCUGAGCAUGAUGGACUCCAGAGCGCCCUGCCCUCCGCCGGUGCUGGUUGUGUCUGAUGUGACCGUUUGCCGCAAAAGCCUCGUUUGUGUGAUGCGAGAGGAUUAACUGUGCAAGUGACUAAUUUCAUUUAUGUUGUAAUCACAUCCCUUUUCUGCUUCACCAACCUGAACUGUUUUAUGGAUGAACGUAUCAUUAAAUUUCUGGUCUCUUU